AUGCAGACAAUUCAUCAACAAUCAACGAUAUCAUUGGAUGCUCACUAUCGACAACAACAACAACCUGAGAUGAUAAUAAUAGAUGACAUAGAGGAGGAACAACAAACCGAUAAUACUAGUAUGGUGACCGAUAUUGUUGUUAACGGUAAUGAAAAUAUUGAUGUGAGUAGAGCGGUGAAAAGUAAUGGCAAAAUUGAAAAGAGGAAACGGAUGCUGGAAAGGAGAAGGAACAAGAUACAUCAAAUUAAAAGGAAAUGGAAGGAAGUGAAUAAUAUGCGAGCUUGUGUAGAAGAGGAAGUUGAAGAAAAUAAUGCAACAACUAACUGUGGUAAUGCAAUUUCCAAAGAUGACUUGAAGAAUGUGCUGUCAUCUUUACUCGAAGGAACAGUCCUACAAGCUAUGAAGACAAUGCAAGAGGAAAUAUCUUCUCUCAAGGAGCAACAGGAAACACUCCUCUCUAUAAUAGCCAAAUCCGAAACUUCAAAUAAUACCACUAGUGUUAUUACCACUCCACAAUCAUCUACUUCCACUACUCCUACUCCUCCUCAUCAUUUCUCUAAGCAACAACCUUCACAAGUACCACCACCACCAUCAUCACACCUCUUACAUCAACCUAAGCAUCACGGUUCUGUAGAUAAAGAUUGCUGGGUUAUUUGGAAUAAUGCAAUUUAUGACAAGUUACAUCUUUUGAGAAGAAUGAAAACAAUUAAAUAUCAUGAAUGGGAAGAUUUCGUGGCAAGAGAUGCUCUCAUUUGGAGGCGACACUUUGAAUUGAAAGAUCAAUAUAAAACCUCUGACAAGAAACAACAUUACACACAAUAUGUGGACUAUAUUAGUCCAGUAAUGCAUGCUAAGGAAUUUCUUGGAAAAACCCUCCAAAAAAUCAGAGAAGGAUCAUUCAAGAACAAGGAAGUAUCUCAAGAUAUGCUUAACAAAAUGCUCGAUAGUGUUUCAAAGGAGGCCAACAUUGGCCCAUACCAACAAGACAUGCUCAAGAAGAAGGAAAUUACACCCAAGUCCAAGAUUAACUCACCUUUCUGGUGGUUGAAUCUCGAUAUUUAUAGACAGCUUUCAAUUUUGGUGGAAAUGAAAAUUGUUUCCAAAGUUGAUUGGAAUAAUUACAUGAAAAAGGUAAUGCAACUGAGUGACUCGAUUUUGGUUGAAACUGACCGAGCCCAGAAAAUCAUUACCUUUGGCGAGGAUUUAAUGAAAUCUAUCAAAGAAAAGACCUCUACUGACAAGUGGUUCCAAUUUUUACAAAAGAAGAGAUUGGAAGAGUAA